AUGUUGACAAAAAAUCUUAUCACUACCGUAAUUUUUUUUUUGGCAUCAUUUCCCAUACAAAAUCUUGCAAUACCUUAUAAUAAUGAAGAGACCGCAAUUGUACCAUUAUUGUCUUCUGUGAAUGCUCAGGUUAUACCUGAUCAAUACAUUGUAGUUCUUAAAGAUAAGCUUGAUAAAAACACAGUUGACUAUCAUCACAACUGCGUGCAUUCUGCCAUCACUGACGAACAACAAAACAUAACAAAAAGAGGUCUUUCGGAUGAAUUUGUCUCGGGAGUUCGUCAUGUCUAUUACUUGGAUGGCUUUAAAGGCUACUCUGGUAGAUUCAGUAACGAAGUCCUCAAUAUAAUUAGACAGAGCAAAGAGGUUGCAUACGUUGAGAAAGAUCAAGUUGUAUACGCUAAUGAACUUCAAAGAAAUGCUCCAUGGGGUUUAGCUCGUAUAUCACACCGCUCAGGAUUAACCUUCAGUAGCUUUAACAAAUAUAUCUACGAUGAAAGUGCCGGUGAAGGUACAACUGUUUACAUUAUUGACACUGGAAUCAACAUUUAUCAUGUUGAUUUCGAAGGUAGAGCUGUAUGGGGUGUCACUGUUCCCGACAACGACCAAGACAUUGACGGAAACGGUACACAUGUGGCCGGUACAGUUGCUGGUAAACGAUAUGGUGUCUCGAAGAAGGCAAAGGUGGUCGCAAUUAAAGUUUUGCGUUCAAAUGGUUCAGGCACAAUGUCCGAUGUUAUUAAAGGCGUAGAAUAUGCUGUAGAGUUCCAUCUUGCUGAACGUGAAAAAGCUCGUAAAAGAGGAGUUCCUUACAAAGGCGCAGGAGCUAAUAUGAGCUUAGGUGGUGGUAGAAGUAGAACUUUGGAUAAUGUUGUCGAUUCCGCUGUAGAUCAUGGUCUUAUUUUUGCCGUGGCUGCCGGUAAUGAUAACGGUGACGCUUGUAAUGCCUCACCUGCUGCCUCAGAAAAAGCAAUCACUGUUGCCGCUUCAACAAUUGAAGAUGAGCGUGCAUGGUUCUCAAAUUAUGGCACAUGUGUCGAUGUGUUCGCUCCCGUAAAUAUCACAUCAGCCUGGAUUGGUUCAAGAACAGCUACAAACACAAUCUCGGGUACUUCAAUGGCCUCGCCCCAUGUGGCUGGGUUAAUUGCAUACUUCAUGGGUCUUGAACCAGACUGCCAAUCUGAAUUUUAUACUCAAUCUCUCUCACCAAAUAAGAUUAAGGAUGACAUUAUUAAAUUGUCAACGAAAAACGUGUUGAGAAAGGUUCCUGCCAACACUAAAAAUCUUUUAGUUUUUAAUAACUAUUCUUGA